AUGGAAUUUAAGAAACAUGGUUUUAAAGAUGAAAUUAUCGAUCAAUUCAUGGAAGACUUUCCUUCUAAAAGGAAUGCUGCUUGGUGGUAUUCUCGAUCCGUUACAUUCUACGACAUUCUGAAUCGAGCGUUCCGACAGCGAAACAUCAGAGUACUUCUGUUAUUCGGAUCUUUUCUUCAAAACUUACAUCAUAAACUAAGGGAACGACAACAACAACUAUCAGGCACCGCCAAGCCUGUUGUCACAGUCCAUCGUGGUCAAGUUUUAUCUUACAGAGAUCUCGAAAAAUUAAUAGUUGGCUGUUCGGUUCGAAGUAACGCUUUCUUCUCUACGUCAGCUGCUCGCCUCACAGCUAAUAAAUUUCUAGCGACUACGGCAGAUGCGGAAGAUCUCCGUCGUGUGAUAUUUUCAAUCGAAAUAGAUUAUCGAGAUCAAACCGCAGUCUUUGCAAACAUUGCAAAAUUUAGUUACUAUCCCAGAGAAAAAGAAACUUUAUUUAUGGCGAACACAAGAUUUGUUAUUCACAGUCGACAAGAGAAAGAUGCUUCACGUGACUCACCAUCGUGCUGGUUAAUAGAGCUAAAACUGCAGUCAGACAGCGAUAUACUACGAGACAGACAAUUGGAAACUGAAUCAAAAAGGAAAACUGUGAAGAAUUGCUUGAACGCACUCAGCGAUAUGUCAGAGAUGAUUGCUUCAUUCGAAGAUGCCGUCGUCUUUGAUAUUCUAAUGGAAAUUUAUCCAGAAGAAGCCAAAUGGAUUCAGGCUAUGAAAUUUUACGCUCUUGCUGAACUCGAAGCUCAGUGUUGCGAUGAUCCAAGAAACAAGAAAUACGAUUACUCAUCAGCACUCUCCUAUUAUGAGCAGGCUCUCGCAAUUUGGAGAGAGCAACUUGACAAUGACGAUGAUCUGAACUGUUCAUUUGAUAUUGCUGAAAAUUACUUUGCUAUAGCACAACUCUACGAAUGCGGACCACCAGAUUUAUCUAAUCUUUCAAUUGGUUAUUUAGUGGACGCCGUCAGCUCCUAUGAACUCGCUCUGGAGAAAUGCUCUACAAAGGAUUACGAAGCAAUAGAAAUUGUGUUUAAACUAUGUGGCAUUUGUCGAGAUUUAGCCAAAAUUGAUUCGGAAAAAUAUGGUUUAAAGUCAAUCGCAUAUCAACAACGUUGGAUAGAAUUAUUAACACAGCGCACAAUUCCACCGAAACCAAAAAGUUUGGCAGGACACUAUGAAGAUUUGGCAGAAAGAUACGCAACAAUUCAGCAUUACGAUGAUGUACUGAUUCAUUAUAAAAGAGCGCUCGAAGUUUAUUUAUCGAACAGUGUCGAAGAAGAUUUGUUCCAACGUAUGAUAGAUGUUUACAAAAAGAUUGCCAUCGUAUAUACACAUCACAAAGAUGAUUUCCAUUCGGCCUUACACUAUGAAUUACUGCGACAUACAUGUUAUUUGAAGCAUCUUAUGAAAUCUGAAAUUCCUUUAAACGGAUUUUAUCUGGGUUCUCUAGCAGACAGUCAUUCUUCUGUUGCUGAUUGUUACUUAAAUACAUGGCAGUAUAUUCCAGCUUACAAGCAUCUGCUCAAAGCGUUGGUAUUUAGUGAAGAAAGAAAAGAUUUCGUACUCAAAGAAGGUCGGCUAGUAUUUCGAGAAGGUCGCUUGAUUUAUGCAUCCGACGGACAACCAUUACGAGAACCUUGUCAACCUGACGAUAAGAAACUAGAAGACUGUGACUCCAAACUCAGGGAGCUAGAAGAGAAGCUUAAAAAUGUAGAAAAAAUGUUGGAAAACGAAUAUCAAUUUUAA